UUUGUGUAAACAGAAAACGCUCUCUUUUUCUCUCUCUCCCUCUUUCUAAAGCCCCUUUUAUCUUCUCUUCUCUCUAUAUUUAGCAAAACCCCCACCCAGCCCCAAUUAAGAGCUCUUUUUUUUCUUUUUUCUUUUUUCUCUCUCCCUAUCUAGAGAAAGAGAGAAAGGAAAAAGCUCUUUUUUUUUUCUUUGUUUUGGCUUCGUUUUGUGUUUAAAAGAUUGAAACUUGAAGUUUCUGAAAGGUUGGUUUUUUUGUGGGUUUUGAUCAGUUGGGUUAUUUUAUUUCUUGGAGGGGGAAGAUGGGUAGAGGUAAGAUUGAGAUCAAGAGGAUUGAAAAUGCAAAUAGUAGACAAGUCACAUUCUCUAAAAGAAGAGCUGGGUUGCUUAAAAAAGCUCAAGAACUUGCUAUCCUUUGUGAUGCUGAGGUUGCUGUUAUUAUCUUCUCUAACACUGGCAAGCUUUUUGAGUUCUCCAGUUCUGGCAUGAAGAGAACACUUUCAAGAUACAACAAAUGCCUAGAUUCCCCAGAGCCUGCUAGAGUAGAAUACAAGUCAGAGAAACAGAAUUCCAAGGAAGUGGAUGUUCUUAAAGAAGAAAUAACAAAGCUACAAGUGAAACAAUUGAGGCUUUUGGGCAAGGACCUGGCUGGCUUGAGCUUGAAGGAAUUGCAACAUCUAGAGCAGCAAUUAAAUGAAGGCUUAUUAUGUGUGAAAGAGAAAAAGGAGCUAUUACUAAUGGAACAACUAGAGCAUUCAAGAGUCCAGCGGGCUAUGCUGGAGAAUGAAACUUUGCGCAGACAGGUUGAGGAGCUUCGAGGUUUCUUUCCGUCAACAGAUCACUCAAUCCCAACAUAUCUUGAAUACUAUUCCGUAGAUAGGAAGCAUUCUCUCAUAAACAAUGGUUCUGCAAGUCCUGAAAUAGCAUGCAAUUGUUCAAUGGAGAAAGGGGAUUCAGACACUACGUUGCAUUUAGGGUUGCCAACUGAUGCUUAUCGAAAGAGGAAGGCACCCCAGGGAGAAAGCCCUUCCAAUGACUCGGAGAGCCAAUUAGUCCUGCUGUAAUCCUUUAAAUGACAUUUUGUUUUACUGUUAAUAGAAACAGAACUAAAAUGGUAGAGUUGGUUCUAGCCGUUUUUCGAGGCAUCAGUUUAGCCGAACAGGACAAACAAAAAAUUAGCACUUAGUACUCCUUCAGUUACAGAUGUUUCCAUUGUGGGAGAAAAGGUGACAGAGUUGGAAGCAAGUGGUAGUUAGUGUUGCCCAUUUUGGGUAAUGGUUUUUAUAGAUCCUUUUUUCCACCUGUAUCAGAAUAGUGAAUGCUGCCUAGAUUUUGGUUUAUAUCCAUCCUUUCCUGAAUUCAUCAGUAA